UAUGCAGUUCGACUCCAUCACCACACGACACCGUUUUAUAAAUUCUCCAUAAACCCUAAUAAACCCCUUCGUUCUCUUUCUUCUUCUUCUUCUUCAAUAAUAACUGUAGCAACCGCCAUAUUCAAAACCACGACGAGAGAUAGCAGUGUAACAAUGUCGGAAUCAGACGAUUCGAUGUCUGAAAUUGACGCACAAGAACAGAAUCACAGCAAUGGAGUCGGAGGUGGAAUUCCCGAUUACAUAAUGAACUUAGAUAACAUUCCGGCGAAGCUUCCUACACAUCUUGAACUUCACAAAACUCGCGUCAUUUGUAACAUCGAUGCUCCUCAACAUACAGAUCCCAUAAAUUAUUCUGGUGCUUAUGCAGCCUUGGGAGUUGAUAACAGUGUACGGUUGGAUAAUUUCUGUCAAAAUUUCAAGGUUGAAGUGAAGCGGUUUACGGAUGAGGAUAUUGAGUUUGACAUGAUUGGUAUUGAUCCGGCCAUUGCCAAUGCUUUUCGAAGAAUUCUCAUAGCAGAGGUUCCAACAAUGGCUAUUGAAAGAGUAUAUAUUGCGAACAAUACAUCACUUAUACAAGACGAAGUUCUUGCCCAUAGAUUGGGUCUCAUUCCAAUCAAUGCUGACCCCAAGCUAUUUGAAUAUCCAGACAAUGCGGGAGGUGAAAAUAACGAAAAGAACACCAUCGUCUUCAAAUUACACGUUCAUUGUGUAAAGGGUCAACCUCGUAUUACCGUGAAAUCAGAUGCACUGAAGUGGUUGCCUAACGGGAGUGAGCUUAUUGCUGAUGAUACAAAACCAAAUGCUGAAUCAAAACCUAAAACAUUUACAUCUUUUAGGGACAAUCAUGACUCAAAAAAAAAAUUCGCCAAAAAUCCACCUGCUCCUAAAAAUUUGGAUAUUAUAUUAGCUAAACUUGGACCUGGUCAGGAAAUUGAACUUGAAGCUCAUGCUGUUAAAGGCAUUGGUAAGACACAUGCAAAAUGGUCUCCGGUUGCUACUGCUUGGUAUCGCAUGCUUCCCGAGGUUGUACUCAUGGAAGAUGUUGUGGAUGAGAUGGCUGAAGAACUAGUAAGUAAAUGUCCAGCUAAAGUCUUUGAUAUUGAAGAUAUUGGAGAAGGUAGAAGAAGGGCUCGUGUAGUCAAUGCACGAGCAUGCACUUUGUGUAGGGAAUGCAUCAGAGAGAAAGAAUCGGAGGAUGGGGCUGAUAAGAAAGAGAAAGAAUCGGAGGAUGGAGCUGAUAAAGCGAUUGUAAUUAAGAAGAAAGAAUGGGAGGAUCUUAUAUCACUUCGCCGUGUUAAAGAUCAUUUCAUUUUUACCAUUGAAUCAACUGGAGCAAUAUCCCCUGAUGUUCUAUUUACUGAAGCUGUGAAGAUUCUGGAAGAUAAGUGUGAACGAGUGAUUACCGAGCUUUCUUGAUUCUUCGUCUUUGCUAUGUCCUAAAUUGAAUGAAAAGGACAAUUUUUGUACAUGAUCAGUUCAAUUAUUGUCAUUUUAUUUUAAUUUUUGUGGACAAAUAUAUAACUUAUGAUAUGGAAGCUCAUAGUUUGGAUGUGCAUGUGACAUGUCUGCAUUGACAUGAUCUCUGUUUUGUUUGUACUGUCCAAAUCAUGGUAACUUAACAUAAUUUUAUGAAAGGAGAAUGAAUGCAUUGAAUGAUCCCAA